UAUUUUAUUAUGUAAAAAUCUUUAUUACACCUCAAAUGACAAAUUUAUAUUAAUGUUAAUAUUAAUAAGUAAAUCCUCACACUCAUUCUCUGGAAUGGCUCGGGUAUGCCAUUCACAGGUUAUACGGACAACGCACCACUGAUUCAUACAAAUACAGUAAUGUAGCGUAUUUAGGGGUUUCAAUGAAAGUUCGCUAACUUGUUGAUUUAGUAGUGUUGUGUUAUGUUAUUAUCUUAGCUGUACUGCCUUUACAAUAUGGCGUCAGCAGGUUGCCCAUGCGUGGUAAAUUGCACCGGAAGGGUCUGUUUAGGACUUUGUAGCCAUAGCAACCAACACCAGUGAUUGGUGAUCUGGGUCAACACUAACAGUUUAAUCGAUGCCUAUGGACGUCAGCAUGUGUACAUUACCAUUAUUUGUAAGGGAAACAGCAUGUGUGAUUUCUACAUUACUAUGUAAGGAAAUUUAUAAUGGAAUCAGUCGCGCUUGACAACGGUUAUAAUUUAGAUAAAUGACAAAUAACUAGAUUAUUUGUCUGAAUAAAAUUCUACACCAUUAAAAUCAUAAUACAAAGUCUCGUUGUAUCAGAUCACAAUUUCUACAGUAGGGAAUUAGCUUUAAUAAGAGAAUUAUGAUUAUUUAUCUUAUUGGAGUAAUAUUAUUCUCAUGGCUUAUUGACAAUAAUAUUACACAUAUAGGUAUAGCUUUGAAGUGAAAUCUUUUAGAAACAUGGGUGAGAUUAUUUGUCAAAAUAUACCACGGUCAAAAUAUCUUUAAAAGGAAAACAUGAAUAAUUAAUCUUAACUCGUUAUAAUUCAUUAUGAACAUUUGGAUCGGUUAAUAGAAUUAACUUGAGGUAGCUGAAUUAACAUUACUAUCAAUUUAUCUGUUCGUCCAGCGAACACUCAGUAUUGAUCAUCUAUCAAUUCUCAGAAAGGAUAUUUUCCAUGACCACACAAAAAUAACUCUUCCUUAGCAUGAAGCUGAGCUCGAAUCGUUAAAUUUACAUUCAUUUACAAGCAGACCAGAAUCAACUCGCAAGAAUGUACACAAAAGAUUAUUUAACUAAAAUAAUUACACAUAACUAAUCUAAACAAAGACAUACACACAAAUCACUCAUACAUGGGAAAGGGAAAAAUUACAUUAAAUCGGAACAGACUAAGGGGAAUUAAGUUAUGAAAAGAGUCACUUAGCCAUCUGAGGGAACCAUCCAUUUCUUAAUUUAAAAGCACCUUUGUUACAAAGGGUGUUCGCUGUCCCGUUCCGUUCCCAUUCGGCCCGUUUCGCAGUUCUCCCGAUGGCCAGUCCAUCCCUGAUCGGCCCCAAAUUGCGUUGGCCCACUGGGAAAAUGCCCUGUAUGCCAGAUUACCAGUCCAGCCAUGGCUUGAUGGUUCAUUUGGUCGAUGGUGUUGUACAUGGCUUGAGGUGUUGAGGCCUGCCGGCCUCGGACCGGAUUGUCCCGGUCCCACACGAACAGCAGCAGAGAGUCAGGGGAAAGAGCCAAGGGAAAAGAGAGACAGUAAGAGGUGGGACAUGUCUUUUAACUUCUGCUGGAGGUCCCUCCUCUCGAGUCUGGCUUGACCAAUGAGAAAGGUGCAAUUUCCAAGCGGACAACAUUCCUUUGUUUGGAAGCUGACUCAUUUGUAUGAUUGGGGUUAGUUUAAGCCCCUUUAUGCUCUGAUUAAUAUAGCAAGCAUACAAUGCAUGCUGUCAAAAUUAUACAUAUAUACCAUUGUGCAGGAUGUCACACAAGGAUUAAUUUGGUAGGAACAUGAUACUAAAUAAUUUUACAUUAGCUGGUAGUCCUGUCAUAAGUCAUGCAUAAAACAUUAUACAGUACAAAACAAAAACACUUUAUAAGACAGUAAUGAUCCUAUACACAAUGUCCUGGGGAUACACAUGUGAAAUUAUAGACAGUUUGUCUAUAAUUUAAUGAAGAAAUGUCUGUCAUUCUGGGCUUUGAGUCCAUUUCUUAUGGGGGAAAGAUUGCUCUGGCAUGCAGCAGAUAACUUCCCUUGCUUGGAAUGUCACUGGGGGUCCACUCUUUGCUGGUCCAGUAGCAGCAAAGACAGUGUUAAGGCUUGAUAAUGAUCAGUGGGGAAGCAAACAUAACGGAGUCGGCUUGGGCCUAUUUGGACCUUUGCUUGUUACAGCCUUGAGAUAUCUGUUGGUUUAUUCAUUAAAUAAUGAAUAAUUGUUUGUCUGAUUGGUCCAGAUGCUACAGUAAAUACUAUAUUACGUUGAUUUUCUGAGCAACAAGUGAAUUAUCAUUAUUCCAUAUGCAUAUACAAAUCAUACAGUACAUAUUUUACAUGACAUUAUUUACAUUUAACAUUGCUAUUUGAAAAAAUAACAUGAAAGUAAACUAUAGCAAAUACAACACAUGAACAGAAUGAUAUGACUAUUGUCAUUUUGGUGUAGUUUUGAAAUUAUGUAAAUUGUGUUAUUAUUGUGUUAUUAAUUUAUAGUUUACUAAUUUUAAACCAUGACAUGCACUAUACAUAUGUAAUAUUGACAUUACAUUCAUGAUGUUAGCCAGAGAGGAACGGCCCCCACAGUGAGUCUGGUUUCUCCAAAGGUUAUUUUUCUCCCAUUAACCAACAUCUUAUGGAGUUUUGUGUUCCUUGCCACAGUCGCCUUCGGCUUGCUCAUUGAGGUUAUUAAUACAAUUAUUAUUUAAUUACUUAUUUUUAUACACGUAUAACAAUCAUAUUUUAACUAAUUACACAAUGUUGACUCAUCGACAUUGUAGACAUUACAGUUUUAUCGUCUGUUAAUGCCUGAUCUUCUGUAAAGCUGAUUUGAAAUGAUGUGUGUUGUGAAAGGCGCUAUACAAAUCAAAUUGACUUGACUUGUUAUUCAGUGCCUGAGAAAAUAUUGAAAUGUAUCUUAUGCGUAGAUUAUGUGUUGAGUGUGUCUCAAUUUGUGCUUGACAGCCAGUUGCAUCUCAUUAAAUUUUAGUGUGAAAUUAAGGAAUUCUGUUCUAGAUUUGUCCUGAUUUAUUGAUUUAUCUCUUUGAUAUAUGGAAAAUAAAACAUCAAAAUAUAUAUUAUUUUAUUAUUUUGUAUUGAAGAUAUUUUGAAAUUGUUAAACUAUCUGGGCAUUUUGUAGGUCCAGUUUUGAUAGAUACGUGACGGGUCUCUAAAGACCUGAAUAUGUAAGAUUUGUUUGGUAAAUUCCGUACAUUUAAGGGUUAAGUCGUUUAAAAUUCAGUAUUUAAUAUAGUUGUCAAAACAAUAUUUUUGUCCUGACUGACUGGAGUCUGUUCAAAUACUGUGCAAGGAUCAUGAACUGCCAAAGGAAGUACUGAUGCUGUAACCAUAAACUAGCAUUUAUUUUCAGUGAGGUACAUGUUGUUCAUUCUAAAAACUGACGUCAGGGAACAGAAAACAUUCCCUCCAGCAGAAGCAGCAGCAGUGCCCUCUUUAGGGCCAUGAUUGUAGAAGUUCCCUGGCCUGAGGUUUUAUGAGAUGAGGGAGUAAAAAAAAUAACAUGAAAUUUAAAUACAGCAAAACAAAUAACGAACAAAAUGAACAACUCAGCAUAAGGAUUAAAUUAAUCUACAUUCCCCACAGUGUUUCCAAUAUCAUGGUUUCAAACAAUGUUCUCUCAAACUGCAUAGGCCUACAGCAAAACCUGGACUAACAAUAAUGUAGAUUUAACUUUCAUCGUCAAUCAAAUGGAAUACUGAAAAAACAAACUGCCUCUCUCUCACACACACACAUGCACAUGCUGAGUUAAUCUAAAGCAUUGGCUACAAAUGAUCCACAAAUCCAAGAUAUAUAAUACUUAAAAUCAAGAGAAUGUAGCAUUUUCUUGUUUGAGAAGGCUCAAACAAUUCAAACUGUGAAAUUGUGCAAUGUAGCUAUAACUUGUUGAUGGUAAGAAUUUCCUAAUUUCUGUGACUGGAAACAGCAGUGGAAGGUUAUGUGGUCAUGUCUUGGUACGAUUGCGACGAUUUGUCACAUAGAAAAAGUGCUCAAACGAGCAAAAAAUAUUAUAAUGAUCGGAGCUAGAGGGAAUCAGCAUAAAUUAUGACAAAUGCAUAACGCAAUAAAGCGAACUAUGAAUUAGCCUUCUGAGAAAUUGGUGCAAUGCAACAUUCAUUGAAUGAUGAUGCGUCAGGGAAUGUCGAGAAGACGCAAGAGAGCAUCAUAGUCUGGUCCUCAGAGGGUUCAAAUUUCACUUUGAGGGGGAGUUACCGAAUCUGCAGUAACAUCAGAGCGCACUGCGCAGCAAAGCUGCCACCAUCCCGGGUAGAAGACCAUAUACAGUCAAGCUCUUUUACAUACAUCCAGGGAAUAACAGCCUUUAUUGCCAACACCUCAAACACACAUACCGGGAAUAAUACCGGUGACGCGUCGACUCUAUCUCGGCUUUUUUCUCUCUGCUCGUUCGGCAAAAGGCUCAGGAGUAGGCUAUGCACGGUCCAGGUUCCGCUACAUAUAUGCUAUCUGAAGUGUGGACAAUGCUGAGCGCAGCCCACUGCUGAAUCAAGCUGUGGUGCACAUUGCAGAGAGGAGCGCAUUACCUGAUCCUGUCUUCACCCCAGGUUUGCACAAGGCUGGCCUCCUAACAUGUCCACAGAAGUGGAAACCAGCACACCCCCAGUGGAGCAGGCACCUAUUAAAACACCCUCCAAAAAAGAAAAGAAAAAGGCUGCAGCAAGCCCAGAGAAAACUGAUGAGUUCCUAUUAGCCAGGUUCAAAGGGAAUGGAGUUCGCUACAAAGCCAAGUUGAUUGGUGUAGAUGAUGUCCCUGAAGCAAGAGGAGACACGAUGAGCCAAGACUCCAUGAUGAAACUGAAGGGCAAGGCAGCGGCUGCUCGCUCUCAGGGCAAACACAAGCAAAGAGUUUGGGUGAACAUCUCUCUCUCAGGAAUCACUGUUACAGAUGAGAAAACAGGGGCUACAAUACUGGAGCAUGCUGUGAAUAAGAUCUCCUUCAUUGCUCGAGAUGUUACUGACGGCAGAGCAUUUGGCUAUGUGUGUGGUGCGGAGGGCCAGCACCAGUUCUUCGCCAUUAAAACUGCACAGCAGGCGGAGCCUCUUGUUAUUGACCUGAAGGAUCUUUUUCAGUUAAUCUUCAAAAUGAAGAAAAAAGAAGUUAAAGGUUCCAAGAAGGAUGAAUUAAAUAAAGUGUUGGAGAAUGGCACUGAAGCCUUACACAAUGACAGAAAAGGUGUUGAACAGCUGGACUUGUUUGGAGACAUGUCGACCCCACCUGACUUAAACUCUCCCUCGGAGUCUGAGGACAUCCUCUUGAUGGAUCUGUCCACUGAGAUAGACAGCAAUCAAAAUUGUGUUAAAGGAAACCCCUUCACCUCAUCUUCUGUCCCCAGACCCCCACCCAGCCUCUCGCCUGAGAAUUCCUUCUCCUCUCAGCUCAAUUUCUUCCCCACCCCUAUCCAUGACCCGUUCAGUGAUGACCCAUUUUCCAAAAGGAACGACCAGCCAAUCAAGGAAGACCCUGCCACAGCCAACCACAGCCCUAAUAGUUAUUUCAAUGGUGGCCCUAAGAAUGGUGUCUCUGACUACUUGGGCCAGCAGUUUGACCAGAUCUCCAACAGGACAGUCAUCCAGGCCCUGAGUAAUGGCCAGUGGCCUUUAGAUGGUAGAGUUGUGGAAGCGACAGCCUGGACUCAGAAGACUGUGCCAGUUCGGGAGCAGAAUGGACAUGGGCAUGUGACACCUAAUCCACUUCUGGGAGGGUCUGAGAAGAUCCAGCCAGUGCAGAAUGGAGUAAUGCAUGAGAAUGGAAGCAUUGGUGACCUGCCUGUCAAUCAAGCCAUGGAUGCGGUCAUUAUAAGCCCUCCUCCACUCAAUACAAAAGCGGGGAGGAGGAGUGUAAAGUCUCCUUCAAAUGAAAAACCUGGGACAGAUCCAUUUGCUUUUCCUAACCAAUCCGAAUCACCAUCUCCUCAACAAGAGAAUGGCACUGUUAACUCUAUCAGUCUUUUCAGCAAGAGCCCCACCUCCACUGAAACACUCACAUCUCUUGUCUCCACUCCUGGGGCAGCUCCAUGGAAUCAGCCCCUCUCCUCCAUCUUUCCCAGCACCACCAGUGUCUCUCAGCCUUUCACCCAAGCACCUAUCUUCCCUAAUUCUCCUGUGCCUGCCUGGGGAACAACUCCGGGUGGUUUUGAAACCUCUCCCAUUAGCCAACUAAUUCCCUCAUGGAGUCCCACCCCAGUCUCCCGUGGAUCCAAUGCAUCCUGGACCCUGCAUACAACCCUGGGGAAUCCCUUCCAGACCAGUGUAUCUCCACCAACUGCAUGCCUUGGGCCUGAUGUACAGCUGAGCUCCAGUCCCCCUCCACAGGUUCCUCCUCGGGCUUUACCCACCAAAGAAGCUCCAAAGGUGGACAGUAAUGCUUUUGUUGACCUAGAUCCUCUAGGGGAAAAAGAGAAGAGAGAUAUCAAGGACAUGUUUAAGGAUUUCCAGAUGGCAAAGCCACCAAACGUGCCAGCAAGGAAAGAGACACCAAAUGUAGGAGGUCAGAACCCAUUCAACAACUCCUUUGGAAAAGAUCUGUUUGGCAAAUCUGUACCUGUCACUAUUUCUCCUCCCAUAAAGGCAGUUGGAUUAGACCCUUUCAGAGACCCAUUUGGAAAUCCAUUUGCAUGAAAGCCAGCCACCUUGAUGACUCCAAAGGGUCCAACUAAGGAUUGAAUAAAAGUCAUUGAAAUUAUGCAAAAACACUUCCUUCCCCGGUGUUUGUUACAGCUUUAUAAUGUUUCUGUUGAGCUUCGGAUGCAUGGCCACAAGUCCCCAAUACAGCUUUUAGCGGAGCGCCUUAUUUAGUUUUCCCACUAAAGUGCAUCCUGUUCAAGAGCAGGUCUCUUAGCUUUGAUGUCACAUCCAUCCUGUAACAAGUCUGAGAACCAAAUUAAGUCUGUGUAAUUCUCCUACAUAAUCAUAAACCAGGAUCCAUUUGGUGGUAGUGGACAGCCUGAAAAAUAAACCAAAAUCCAGUGUUGAGUAUGACAUUAUCACUUACAAUUGCACAUAUUAUAGAAACAAAUAUGACUUGUGCAGUUUGUGUUCUAAAUGAUAGAAUGGUUUUCUGUAUUGAAAAAAGCACUCAAAAGCAAUGUAACGUUUUGUCAUACCUAUACAAGUUUUCUGUACCAGUAGACAAUGCAAUUUUUUUCUUCUUGAUGUAUUAUGUUUGAUAUUUGUAUGUUUAUGUUUAAAAUUCCUUAUGACAUUAAUCAAAGCUUUAGCACAUGAUUGACAUUUUUACAACUUACACUUGGCAUAUAAACUUAAUUAAAUCCAGAUAUUUUUUUGCUUUGCAUCUCUUGAAUGUUUGUCACAGACUGCGUAGUAUUAUAUGAAAUGUCCAAACACAAGCUGACAUGAUGGAAAGUAGAGAGACAGUGUAUAUCAUUUUUGUAGGAAUGCUUUGAUAUGAUAACUGUGCAAUCUACACCUUAUGAUAUGCUCUGUACUGAUCACAUACUGUACAGACCUGUUUAUUAAAAGAGAGCCUGGUAGAUUACACAAUGGUGCUGGCUCUAAUCAACCUGUAUUUAAACUGAAUCCCUUGCAAGUUCGCUUUGAUUUUAUUUUCUUUGAUCUUAGUCAGUGAUCCGUUAUUUGUCAGGUGGCAAACAUGUUUUAUUCACAAAUAUAUACACGAUGUACUGUCAUCAGGUUGAAAGUUCUUUGUUUUUAUUUUAAUUUUACAAUGUAUUGAAAGAGUAAUCCAUAAUUUCUACCAUUGGCAUGUUGUCAAUGGUACUACCACUAUAAACAACUUCAAAAAUAAUAUGUACCCAUAACAUUCAUUGAUGAUUAUGCCUGUAUUUUGUACAGUUCAGUUCAUACUGUUUAAAACAUGUUGAUGCUCAUUGAACCCACCCAUGGGUUUGAAUAUACUUUCCUUAAAUGAGUUCACAUUUACUAUAUAGUGUGCUGUUUAUUAACACUAUUAACUCUUUUUUGACUAGACUAUAUAGUAAAUGUGAACUAAUUUAAGCAAAGUGACAUCAGUUCUGGGGGGUAUGCACAUCAACGGGUUAAGCAAUUAUGGAUAGCAUGUACAUUGUUUUGGGAAAAACAAGAUCAUCCAGAAUCAUUCAGGUUUUACUUGAUAUAAGCAUAUUGAUAUGUCUACCAAGAUCGAUGACAUUGUACUACACUGCUCUUUAUUAUAUUUGUAUUUGGUUGGUGGGGAUGUAAUCUUUUCCUCCAGACAAAUUAAGUGUGUAAACAUAUGCCGUUGCAAGGCUUAAACAGUGUAAACCUUGUCCAUGAUCACUGAUAUCCAUUUAACUCAGUGGAUUCAAGAUUUAGUAAACAAAACUAAAUGUUUGUACUAUAUUGACUGUACAGGAUGUUGAAGCCUUGUCAGAAUGAACUAUGUGAUUGUAUUUGUGUGUACAUAUAUAAAUAUCUGCUCUGUUAUGCACUAUGCCAUCUCUACCUUGGAUGUUUUAAAACUAAGGUGUUUAAAAAAUCUAAUUGUUGCAAUAAACUGGAAUUUUAGUUUUGCGGAAUAGAUUCCAAAUUGUUCUAUUUAUCUUUUACGAGGUUUGUAUUCAAGUCUAGAAGACCAGUUAGGUCUACUUCACAAUAAAGUGAUGACUAGCUGAAUGA